ACAUCUGGGAUCCAGAUGAAUUCAUAAGCUCUUAUGGAUUCAUCUUAUGUAAGAAGACAGAAGUCUGAGUGGUUGUAAAAUUUGUAUGUGUUGAUUUUGAGGUCCUAAAGAUAAGAACUUAAUCAAAACAUUUUCAGAAGGUAGAUAUCUGGUGUUCCAAAGCACAUUGACCUCAAUUUGUACCAAACAUUUUUAAUAUUUAAAGUCCUUUGCAAAAGGACGUGUUUAUAAUCAGUAGCACCCUGCAGAAGCUAGGUAGGGUUGCAGUGCCUUCUGGAAGAUGGAAGGAAAUGACUUGCAAAGCCCCAUUAUAUUCUUAGUCCCCGAGCUCCCAGUCCUGUUGCUCUGCUCGCUUAGUCAUGCUGCUGUGUCAUGUCAAUAGUGCUUUCCAUCCCAGCUUGCACAGACAAAGUCAGGAAGAAGCUCACUCCGGGGAAUGGACUUCAUGUGAAAACUUGCUGUGAGAUAAGAUACACAUGUGUUUCUAUAAGCUCCCCAGCCCCACCUCCUUCACAUUUACUGACAGUAGGGGCUUGGCAACCAUGGCUGGUGGCCCAGGCCACUGUGGACAGUGGCAUUUACACAGGUGAAUUGCCCCCCCACCUCAGCUGGAGACCAAAAGGGGAUGCUCGAUGACGAAGAUUUCUUUAACAAAACAUGUUCUGUUUCUGGUGCCCUGGAAUUGAAGGAAGUGCACGCUUGUCUGUAACGUGCCGCCGGGUCCCAGAAUGAAGGAGUGAGGUCUCCCAGCUGCCCGCGCCGGAUCCUCCGCUCCGCAGCCCGCCGCAGUUUACAGAGAGCACCCUGAGGCAAGCAGGGUAGCCGCCUGAUCCAGGAAUGUUCACCCUUGCAGAAGUUGCCUCUCUCAAUGACAUUCAGCCGACUUAUCGGAUCCUGAAACCAUGGUGGGAUGUAUUUAUGGAUUAUCUGGCUGUUGUUAUGUUGAUGGUUGCCAUCUUUGCCGGAACCAUGCAGCUUACCAAAGAUCAGGUGGUCUGCCUGCCAGUGUUGCCAUCCUCGGUAAAUUCAAAAGCACACCUUGCAUCAGGAGGUGCUGACGUGACCCCUGAUGCCCCGAAGUUUGAGGUCGCCACAGACCAAGAUCGCUGGCCAGCCAAACCCACAUCCUUCGAUGAGGCGGUUGCCGUAACCUCCGGCUCACCUCUCAGCAAGACUAGCUCUCCUCACACAGAUCCCCCGGUCCCAAAUCAAGAGGUGAGAAAGGAGAUCAGAGAUCCUACAGGUCGGAAAACUAACUUGGAUUUCCAGCAGUAUGUAUUUAUUAACCAGAUGUGUUACCAUCUCGCUCUUCCGUGGUAUUCCAAGUAUUUUCCCUACCUUGCUCUAAUACAUACUAUUAUUCUCAUGGUCAGUAGCAACUUUUGGUUCAAAUAUCCCAAAACGUGUUCAAAAGUGGAACAUUUUGUUUCUAUAUUAGGAAAGUGCUUUGAAUCUCCUUGGACUACAAAAGCGCUGUCUGAAACAGCGUGUGAAGAUUCAGAGGAGAACAAGCAGAGAUUGACCGGAGCUCAGUCUCUCCCAAAACACGUGUCCACUAGCAGUGAUGAAGGGAGCCCCAGUGCGAGUACCCCCAUGAUCAACAAAACUGGCUUUAAGUUUUCAGCUGAGAAGCCUGUGAUUGAGGUUCCUAGCAUGACGAUUCUAGAUAAAAAAGACGGGGAACAGGCCAAAGCCCUCUUUGAGAAGGUGAGGAAGUUCCGCGCCCAUGUGGAAGACAGUGAUCUGAUUUAUAAACUCUAUGUAGUCCAGACUGUUAUCAAGACAGCCAAGUUCAUUUUCAUUCUCUGUUACACGGCGAACUUUGUCAAUGCCAUCAGCUUUGAGCAUACCUGCAAGCCCAAAGUGGAGCACCUGACUGGCUAUGAGGAGUUUGAGUGUACCCACAACAUGGCUUAUAUGUUGAAAAAGCUGCUCAUCAGUUACAUCUCCAUCAUCUGCGUCUAUGGUUUUAUCUGUCUCUAUACCCUCUUCUGGCUGUUUCGGAUACCUUUGAAGGAAUACUCCUUUGAAAAGGUGAGGGAAGAGAGCAGUUUUAGUGAUAUUCCAGAUGUCAAGAAUGACUUUGCAUUUCUUCUACACAUGGUCGACCAGUAUGACCAACUGUACUCCAAGCGUUUUGGUGUCUUCUUGUCCGAAGUCAGUGAAAAUAAACUUAGGGAAAUCAGCUUGAACCACGAGUGGACAUUCGAAAAGCUUCGGCAGCACGUGUCUCGCAAUGCCCAAGACAAGCAAGAACUGCACCUUUUCAUGCUCUCGGGGGUCCCCGAUGCUGUGUUUGAUCUCACGGACUUGGAUGUACUCAAGCUGGAGCUCAUCCCGGAAGCAAAGAUCCCAGCCAAGAUUUCCCAGAUGACUAACCUUCAAGAGCUCCACCUCUGCCACUGUCCGGCCAAGGUGGAACAGACGGCUUUUAGCUUCCUCCGAGAUCACUUGAGAUGCCUUCACGUCAAAUUCACGGAUGUAGCUGAGAUCCCGGCCUGGGUGUACUUGCUUAAGAACCUUCGGGAGUUGUACUUGGUGGGCAACCUAAACUCCGAGAACAAUAAGAUGAUAGGACUGGAUUCUCUGCGGGAGCUGAGGCACCUUAAAAUCCUCCACGUGAAGAGCAAUUUGACCAAAGUUCCAUCCAACAUCACAGAUGUAGCCCCGCAUCUCACAAAAUUAGUCAUUCACAACGACGGCACUAAGCUCGUGGUACUCAACAGCCUUAAGAAAAUGAUGAAUGUAGCCGAGUUGGAACUCCAGAACUGUGAGCUGGAGAGGAUCCCUCAUGCCAUUUUCAGCCUUUCUAAUUUGCAGGAGCUGGAUCUGAAGUCCAAUAACAUACGCACAAUUGAGGAAAUCAUCAGUUUCCAGCAUUUGAAAAGACUGACUUGCUUGAAAUUAUGGCAUAACAAAAUUGUGAACAUUCCCCCCUCCAUUACUCAUGUCAAGAAUCUGGAGUCACUUUAUUUCUCCAACAACAAGCUUGAGUCCUUGCCCGGGGCAGUGUUUAGUUUACAGAAACUCCGAUGCUUAGAUGUGAGCUACAACAACAUUUCAGUGAUCCCAGUCGAAAUAGGAUCGCUCCAGAACCUGCAGCAUUUGCAUCUCACCGGGAACAAAGUGGACAUUCUGCCUAAACAGUUGUUUAAAUGCAUUAAAUUGAGGACUUUGAGUCUGGGGCAAAACUGUAUCACCUCGAUCCCAGAAAAAAUCAGUCAGUUUUCACAGCUCACUCAGUUGGAACUGAAGGGAAACUGCUUAGACCGCCUGCCAGCCCAGUUGGGGCAGUGCCGACUCCUCAAGAAGAGCGGGCUGGUGGUGGAAGAUCACCUCUUUGACACUUUGCCAACGGAGGUCAAAGAAGCAUUGAACCAAGACACAAACAUCCCUUUUGCAAAUGGGAUCUGAGAGGAGAUCACACAUCCCCACGCUCAUGGGUGGGAAAGACUUCCUAGAUUGCAGAUGCUUGUAUGCAAGUUGUUGCAAGAUGAUGCAGUAGGAGGAAAGACACCUUUAAAGGAGAGAGAGAGUGAGCGAGAAAGAGAGUGCAAGAGUGAGAAUGAGUAGAAGCCUGAUAAGAGAUGUAACCGAGUGUUCAGUGUUCGUAGUGUUUCAAGACAACAUUUCCAAAUCUUUUUUUUCUUUUCUUUCUUCCUUUUCUUUUUUUCCUUUUUUCUUUUCUUCUUUUUUUUGUGUGUGGGAAGGGAAGGACAAAUUAUAAUCACUAAUCUCGAUUUCUUUUUAAAUUGUAACUUGGAUGCUGCCGCUGUUGAAUGUUUACAAAUUGCUUGCCUGCUAAAGUAAAUGAUUAAAUCCACAUUUUCUUACUAUAUAACUCUCUCCUUGGGUGUCUUUAUUUGGGGCCUAACCAUUAGACCAGUACUUGGAUUAAAUAGAGCCCCUAAAAGCCCAUGUGUGAUGGGCAGUUCUUGCUUUCCUUUUAUGCUUCAAUUUAAAAGGAUCAAAUUCUAUUCCAUAUAAAAUGUACAUAUCUAAUACCCAUUUGACUCAGGAUAUUGCCAAAGCUUGUUUUUAUAGCUCUGACUUUCCUGAUGACUACAAUAUAUAGAAAAGAGGCAAGUCUAUGGUAUUAUACCUGUGAUCUCACUGGUACAGAGAAUUAUCAGAUGAAGAACUCCCUCCCUCCCUCUCCCUGUAACUCAAAUCAACACUUUUUCUGCAACUUAUAUAGUUUAAAAGACUUUUGGAGCAGUUAAAAGUGAUUUGCCCAGCAUCACACUGUCAAUAUAUGUCAGGGCAAGACUUGAAUCCAAUUCUUUCUGGCUUUGAAACCAGCUCUCUAAGCACUAUCACAAGCUUCUCUGACUUAAGGGAUAUUGGCUUUUAAAAAAUAAACAAUUUUUUAAAAUGUA